AUGCGUGGUAUGGGUGUGCAGUCUAACGCAGUCAAGCUGAACAAUAAAGACAAAUCAUCUAUAAUGUCUUUGCCAGUUAAGUCCCCCUGUGCAAACGCCAGUGCAGAUGAUUACCUACCAAAUCAGGGCCCGCGGUAUUUCCCACCCAAUGUUCGUUGGCGAAAAAUUAUAACUUUGACCCUCUUCACGAGCUUAGAAGUUUGCUACAUUUAUUACGACACCCUUUGGAUUGAAACAAUCUUUCCUCUGUGUCCCCGUGCGCCGCAGUCCGGGCACGUACACGCAGCACAUCGUGAACCGACCCUGGCAAGCCCGUACGCCAUUACGAGUGCGCGUGGUGGCGCGAACCUUGCACGGGGAGAGCCUGCGUCGUUUGCCGUGCGCACCACCACGCUGGCGCCCGCCGCCUCCGCCGCCGGCGCCGCCACCGCCGCCGGCGACGCCGCGCGCUGCCCCGCGCCGCUGCCCGACGUGCGCCUAACCGCGCACACGUCGAUGCUUUUUGAAGUUUCUCCGACGAUUGAACGAUAUUUUGAUGAUUCUUUGUUUUGGCUUACUGUUUCUAUAAAAUCCGGCGGCGGUGGGGCGGCGCUGGGCAAGUGCCCGCCUGAUGGUGUUGCGCGCCGUGGGCCGGCCGAGACGUUCGCCUGCCUGGCCAACGGCGUCGACCACUCGCCCUGCUGCGCGGCGCCGCGCCUCCCGCACCCCGUGCUCGACCUGUGCGCCGGCAACCUCAGGCAGAUCGACUUCUUCCUACUCAGGGUACGCGUGCUGGCGUCGGCGCCGCGGCGCGUGCCGUGUCACCGUGUGGAACACGACGUUCGCCCUGGUGCACUGGCGCCGCUCGGCGGCGCUGCCGAGUCGUGCGCGAGUACGCGGUGCGGUGGCGGCCGCUCGCCCACCUACGCCAACGAGUCCGCGCGGGGCGGCGCGACGCCAGCCCUUCGUGGCUGGAGGGGCUUGGCGGCCGGGCGCCCGACUACGAGGUGUCGUGGAGGCCGUCAACGCGCAGGGCCCGGCGCGCCCUCCGCGCCGCAUCCGUCUUCCGCACCGGAGUCCCGAAGUCAACCAUACAAAAAUACGAGCAACGACGCCGCCUCUUAUUCCCCCGACAGGUGUGUGAGGUUGCGCGCGAGCCGCCUGCCGCCGGGCCUCCACGCACCGACGCCCUGGGCGAUGCAGGCCAGCGUGGGCUCGAUGAAAAAUUAA